AUGGAGGGAGUUGACGAGCUCGAUGCCAUAAAAAAUUAUCUCACCGAACUUAACCGCUCAGCGCAGAGCUUACAAAAUACAAAUUACCACCGCAGUGUGUUGAAGGCUUCCUCAAGGAAGGAUCAACAUGAGAAGAAUCCCUUCCUCCGAUCCAUUCAAAUGAAUAAAGACGUGGAGAAUCAAUUCAGGUGCAUAGAUCUUGUUAGCCACUCGAACGACUCGCAGAGUGUGAGUACGUCUGAUGACCUCUCUGAGGGGGAUAGAAGAAGUAGGCGAGGCAGCACAACAAGGAGAGCACUUCAAGUCGAGCAACGAAGAAAAAAAAAAACAACUUCGCUACCAAAGGGAGGGGGGGAAAAAAAAGACAUUCGCUUUUCACUUGAGAACAGAAGCAGUGUGCAGGAAAGAAACAAAUGCGGGGAAUCCAACACGUGUGUUGCUUCUCUUUACAGACAGGGGGACACACAAACAAGGCUCGUUCCGUGUGGAGCGGCCAAGAAGCGGGAGGAGGGCGAAUAUAGCAAAAUGGGGAGCUCCGCCUUGCGAGGAGGCCAUAACGAAAUAGGGAAGCCCCCCCUGUGCACAGAUCAGCGGAAGGAAAUCAAAGAGGGACAAACGAAGCAGACGGAGCAAGUGAAGCAGACGCAACACACACCCAACUUCUCCAACGAGCGGGAAAGGGAACUCUUCCAAUACUUAAUUGUAAAGGCAAAUGACGAAAUUGAAAACAUCAGCCUGAGCUUGGGCAAGAAGUAUGAGGAAGAACUUAUGAACAAAGUGAACAGCAUAAAAGGAUCGUACGAAAAUAAAAUAAAAAAAUUGUCCAAUGCGAGGAAAUGUCUUUGUGAUGAGAAGGAAAAAAUGGUGAAGGAGGAUAAGAACAACAAAGAGGUCAUAAAAAAAUUGGAAAAAAAAAAUAUAUUGUUGCUACACCAGAUGGAACAAUUAAAAAAAAAAUUUCAUCUUGUUUGUGAUGCAACAGUACAAAAGGGGAUGCCAAAAUGGAAUACUGAUAAAGUGGGAAUGGGUACAAUGAGAGAUGGCCUUUGUCGAGAAGGUCCCCUAGUUAAAGAUUAUGAAAAAAAGAUAAGCAAGCUAAAUGAGCAGCUGAACCGAACACAUGGAGAGUGCUUAACUUUUAAAACCAUGUGGAGUAACCUACAACGGGAAGUGCGGGGGUGUCUUACCGCCAAAAAGGAAGUAGAGGAAAAAUGGGCUCAUCUGAAAGGGGAAAAUUUCAAGAUGGAGGCGGAGAAUGACCGCCUGCGGGCCGAACUGAGAAAAGCCAAGUUGAGCGUCCGGCAGUUCAAGGAAGACCAUGCAGACGAGUGCCAGAAGAAGGAUCACCUCCUCGCGUGCCAUAAAACAGAAGAAAAGAAGCUGAAAGAAGAUCUGCAAAGUUACAAAAUGAAGUGCGCACUGUUGGAAAAUAGAAACCAGGAGCAGCUAUUUGAAAAAAAGUGCAAAAUGCUAGAAAACGCGCUGAAAGAUGCUGAAAAUGAGAAGAGCCUUUGCGACAGGAUCUGCGAAAAGAACGAAAACAUACAGAGAGACAUGCGCAUCGAAAUAAAGACCCUAAAGAACGAACUCUACGAGUGCAGAAAUAAAGCUUACAAAAUUAGUAAAUCGGGACUUCACAUUCCCGAGGGGGGAAUAUUCUAUGGAGACUGGAAUGGGAUGGAGGCAAAAGGAAAGCAGGACACAACGCAAAAGAUAAAAUCCGUACAGAAACAACUUACACUGCUCAAACUUGAACGUAGUAACAAAGAAGCUGAAUUAAAAAGGUGUCCACAGCAUGGGGGAAGAACAGAAGAAGUGCGAAGAAGGGAAUGCCUCAGCACGAGGCUCCAAUGCAUCGAUGACAAAAUAAAAAUGCUUGAUGGGACUUUAAAAAAGAUUCAAAUGAGCAUCGGUGAUCACGUUACAUGA